GUUUUGCAAAAGCCUAAAAUCAAAUUGUUUUUAGAGAAUUUGAUUUAAGUUCUUUAACUUGUUCUAGAGUCAUUAAAAUUUUUAUCUUUUUUGUAAUGUUUGUUCUGAUUUUCCCAAUGACGUUGUAGCGAUGAAUCAUGGGCUUGUAAAAAGGUGGAAAUGCCUUUCUGAGAAAACAAGUAGAUAAAUAUUUUAGGCGCUAUAUCGGAGAUUUAAGAUUGCUUAUCAGUUAUGACUGUCAUACCUGAGAUAAUAAGAUUUUUGCAAGUAUUAAUGGAGAAUCAAUAGUGUAAUAACUUGUGUCAUGAAUGUUUUAAAAAGAUGUUUGGCGUCUUUUCUAAUUUAAAAAGUUUAGUGGACCUAGCUGGAUAAGCAUCAGACAUUUUAUGAAUCUAUCAAUGGAAAUAUGUAUGGGGACAUAGAAGUAGGGGAAUUUGCCACAGCUGCGGAAGCAGUAGCCAGACUUUCAAUAUCGAGCCAAAUCCAACACCCAAACAGUGAACGAAGGUGGCGCCUUUCCUACUUAAAAGCCCAAUUCGAAUCCCUGGAGCUCCACCAGCUUUUCCGCAGAUACGGCCAGCGAAUAAGCCACGGCUACUUCUCCCAAUUUCUGUCCCUCCAGAUCAUCCUAAUAACGAGCCACUUCAUAACACUAGUAGCUACAUCUAAUCCGGAUCAAGUGAUCCCCGAUCUGAUCCUCUACGGUUUAAUCUCACUUUUCUCAGUUCUUCUCUUAGUCAUCACCGACAAAUACGUCAAAGCGCACCCAAAGCUCCUGACAAUCCUCGCCGCUGCAGCUUUCAUCACAACGUUUUUCAUGAACUUUUUCAUCCCAUUUUACUACAAAGACCACAAACCGUUCGGAAACUUGCGUCCAGCAUACACCACGUAUUUGAUAGUUUCAAAUUAUAUUUUCCUGAAUAUUCACAACAACGUCCUUGCUCUAGCUCUGGGCGUUUUCGUGUCGAUUUUCCACCUAGUCACGCUGAUUUUAGUUACGUACGAGGACCAUGAUCGACUUUUCCAGAGACUGGGGUCUGAUAGCAUUUACUUGAUUUGCAUUAACAGCCUUGGGAUUUAUUUCCGUUACAUGAACGAAAUCGUGUUCCGGAGGAGUUUUCUCGACCGCAGAUCUUGCGUCGAAUCAACCCACCAGUUAAAAUUUGAGGAGGAGCAAGAAAACCAUCUCUUAUCUAGCAUUAUCCCCCAGCACAUUAUAGCCAAAGUCAAGAAAACUCUGUUCGAUUAUAUCGACAAACACCAAACUCACGGCAAUUGUGUUAAAUGGAAACCAUUCGACGAGAUCUACGUGGAGGAGCAUCCAAAUGUGAGCAUUUUGUUCGCCGAUAUUGUGAACUACACGGCGAUGACGACGGAACUGAGCGUCACCGAGUUGUUGGACGUUUUGAACGAGUUAUUUGGACGUUUUGAUGACGCUUCUGAGCAGCUCAAAGUGCUAAGAAUCAAGUUCUUGGGUGAUUGUUACUACUGUGUGGCGGGUUUGCCCCCGGAUCCGGCCCCGAACCAUGCGGAGGCUUGUGUGGAUUUGGGGUUGAAAAUGAUCGCGAUUAUUGGCGAUAUAAGGGAGAGGAAGAAAUUAAAUAUAAAUAUGCGAAUUGGGGUUCACAGUGGGAGUAUUAGUUGUGGGAUUAUUGGAAAUAUCAAGUGGCAGUAUGAUAUUUGGUCCACGGAUGUCGAUAUUGCCAACAAAAUGGAAACGGAAGGAUGUGCUGGAAUGGUUCAUGUGACUAAAGAAACAAGAGCCCUUCUGAGAAAAUCCUACCAACUCACCACAUCGAAAAAAAUAGUAAACGGGUCUCGGACCUACCUAAUAACCCCCCCUCAAACUCCUCAAAACCCCCAAACCGUGCCGAACGGAAUUCCGGUGCGGGAACCCCCGGAAAAAAACAUCGACUUGAUGGGAAGUACCCGAAGGCCGUCAAAAUUUGUCAAAAGAACCAGUAUUUCUCCGAAUGAUGCAAAAACUUUGCAAAAUUUGCGUAGCUAUUCUCUCAUUAGUAAUUACCGCUCGACUUUGGAAAAUGAGGCGGAAAACGAGCUUUCAAACGGAAAACGCCACACUUUUCCCAACUCCACGGAACGCAGGAUUAGUGGAAAUCCGGGAUACUACCAAAGGAGACCAAGUGGAAAUGCCAGGUUUUCCACCGAUCGCAGAUUAACCGGUGACAGGAAACGCAGGACGGCUUUCAUGAAUAAUAACAUUAAGAGGUACAAGGAGCGGUUGGAGGAAACCAAUAAGGAGCUUGAGGAUACGAUUGAAAAUAUGUUACUCUCAAAGUUUGAGCAGUGGUUUAAAGUCACCGACAUGUUUCGAAUACUUCUGAUUUUCAAGGAUCUUAAAGUAGAGUGGGAUUUUAUUAAAAUGCCCGACCCUUUAUUCAAAUACUAUCUUCUGAGCGAGGUCUUGCUCGUCUUUUUGGUAUUUAUUUUACAGAAUCUGACCCUCUCCAAGUGGGAUUGGCCUGAAUGGCCUUUUUACGUAACAGUUGGGGUUUUGCUCUUGUUUUUCCUACCACUUUCGUGGGCCCACCACUGGUGGGCCAAAUUUUUUGCGAAAUUAGAACACGAUAAACCCCCAGCUAAAAUCGUCAAACUUUUACUCGAAGCUUCGAAACUUGUGAGCAAUAAUGUGUUCGUCCGGCUUGUGAUAUACACUGCGGUUUAUAUCUUGUUCUGUGUGUGCGUUUUGACCGAAUGGUUAGAGUGUUAUUCUGACACUCAAAAUGGGAAAAAUGCGAGAGUUAGGGCGAAUUUUCUUGAGUUGAUCGGUCACGGGGAAAAUGCCACUUUGCCAAGCAGUGUGGAAACUCAUUGUAUCAUCCCUUGGCACAUGACUGAAACUUGUGCCUUGGCCAUAAUUAUGAGCUUUUUGUUUUUGCGAAUGUACAUGUGGUUGAAACUAUUCUACGCCACGGCCAUUGCUGGAGUCUAUUCGUACUGUAUUUUAAAUUUCAGUGGAACUUUUUAUGGGGACAGCCAAACGUUUAAUUUCGGUCUUCCGCCGCAAGUGUCACACAUCAUGGGGGUAUUUUUCCUAACAGUGAUUUUCCACCUUGUUGAUCGGCAAACUGAAUACAUGAACAGAAUCGAUCAUUUGUGGUACAAAAAUUUGAUCGAGAAGGAGAAACAAGCGAGUUACGUCCACCACGUUAAUAACAUUCUCUUGGAGAAUAUUUUACCGAAACAUGUUGCCGAACUCUACCUUAAUGUUAAUCGGCACUCCUCUGACGAAGUCUAUCACGAGUACUACAAUGAGGCCGCUGUCAUGUUUGCCUCAAUAACGAAUUUUUCGGUCGAGGAGAUGGGGCAGAGUUUUUUGGAAAAAAUGAGCUCAGUUAUUAUGGAAUUUGACAUGUUGUUGAGACAAAAUAAUUACGGACGUCCGAUUGAGAAAAUCAAAGUUGCAAAAUGGACUUAUAUGGCGGCUUGUGGCCUUGCCCCAGGUCUGGGGGACACCGUCAACAUUGAAAAGGACCACAAGGAUCACACGGUGAUCGCGUUACUAAAAUUCGCCACUCAUUUGAUGCAAACUUUGAAGAAAAUCAACAGCGAAAUGUCGCAGGAUAUGAAGUUACGGAUAGGAAUAUCUCACGGUUACAUUGCUGCUGGCGUGGUGGGUUCGAAAAAACCCUUCUACGACAUAUGGGGUGAUCCUGUAAACAUGGCAUCUCGAAUGGACACCACAGGACUCGUAGACCAUAUCCAAGUGCUAAAACCGACGGCCGAAAUCAUCAAAAGCUUCAAAUAUGUGUGCAAAUAUCGAGGGGAAGUUGAAGUAAAAGGACGAAAAAAACCGGUCUCCACCUAUUUCGUUGCUUUGGAUGAAGAUUGUAAUUUGAUAACUGAGGAUAACCCAGAGUAGAUUCAAAUUGAGGUGCUGUUUGUUGUGUUACUUGCUUGCCCUGGAAAACAGAUAAUUUGCAAAAAAUAUUUUGAUGCAAACUUACUUUCACCCUCUUGUAUAAACUGGAGCGAGACGACCAGAUAUGUGGCGAUUGAUGACAACACCUGGAAGCAAGCAAGAGAUUGAAAUUACGACAGGAAGAACAAACAACUGCUUUUUUACUAUUUUUUUCUAUUUUGUACGCAAAAUGGAAUUAUUUAAUUUAAAACUCAAAGUGAGUUCCAGUGAUUCUAUAGUUUGACCAAAUGGAUUAUUUAUAGUAAUUUAUUUUGUAUAUAUUUUUGUAAUAAAAAUUGAACAAAAACAA